AGCAGCGCUUCCAGCAGCUUGGAGUGAUUGAUGAGGUUAAAGGCUGACAUCUUGUUCCGGUAUGCGGUCGGACCAGACCGGCGGAUUCAAGCUCUUCAGAUGCCCCGCCCCCUCCAUGGUUUAUAAAGGACCCUGCAGCCGGCCCUCCGCGGGCUCAGUUCGGCUGGAAGCAGGACCAUCAUGGCGGAGAGAGGCGGCGAGCAGCCGCGGUGUUCCCGGUCCGGCCCGGCAGAGUAGCUCCGCUCCGCUCCGAGGAAAAGAGGAGGAAUUAGUUUGACUUCCAGGAAACACUUGUGGGAAAGAGCUUGAAGUACUGAGGAGGACCCGGGAUGAACCGACACGCAACAGACUUCCAGGACCCGGUCCAGGACCCGGUUUCCCCCCGGCCCCUGCCCGCGGACCAUGUGCUCAACUCGGGUUCCGUCUUGUUCCCGGGUGCUUUCGAUCGACACGGCUGCCCUCUGAUCGUGUUCCCAGCGGACGGCCAAGCCAAGCUCUCGUCGGAGCUCAGCAAGGCAGAAGUGGUGGACUUCAUCCGGUACUUCCAGGCCCUCCAGAGCAGGAAGCAGGAGAAGCAGAGUCUGGUGUCGGUGGUGGCCGACCUGAGGCACGCCUCGCUCCCCGCAGCCCGGUUCAUCGCCGAGACGCUGGUCCUGCUGCAGCUGCACCAGCAGACGGUCCACAGCGUCUACAUCGUCCAGCCCCUGAAGAAGGACGUCAACAAGCUGCUGCUCAAACUGCUGUCUCCGUCCAAGUCCUACUCCACCUCCUUCAAGAGGGUUCUUCUCAAAGAGAUCCCGGAGCUGUCGAAUCACAUCGACCGGAGCCAGCUGCCGGCCUCGCUGGGCGGAUACCUGAUGUACCGCCACCAGAGCUGGGUCGCCUUCAUCAAGGACGUCGACGCCUUCGUCCAGGAGUUCCUGUCCGUGGUGCAGCGGCUGCCGUCCUGCAUCUCCACGCUGCAGGCGCUGUCCAGGCUGCCGCUGCCCUCCGCCCGCGGCCAGCUGCAGCACUUCUGCUCCACCAACGAGGCCAAGUUCAGGCAGCUGCGCAGAGAGCUGGGUCUGGACGACCUGCUCAGACACUGCGAGAGCGUGGUGGAGAAGCUGCGCUACCCCGAGAGCGACGCCUGCUACCAGGACAUGGCCGGCACCGCCCUCUUCACCCACACCGCCUUCGACAUGCUGCACAACCACAGCAGGAUCACGGCGGCGGUGGAGAAGGUGGACCUGCUGUGGCAGCAGGCCUUCUCCAGAGCCCGUCUGCAGCUGCAGCUCUUCCGCCUGCGGGACGACGCCCUGCAGACCACGGAGGAGAUCGAAGCGCUUCUCCAGCAGAAGCUGCAGCCGCACAAGAUCCACAUCUCCAAGGACACGGCGGAGGCCGCCCUGCUGGCGUCGGAGUUCCAGGCCUCCGUCCACGCUCCCGCCAUGGCGCUGGUGCGGCGCGCCGAGGACGUGAUCCGCUCCGCGGCCGAAGUCCUGCCGCCGGACGGCCCCGGCCAGGAGAGCUGGGCUCUGGAUCUGGAGAGGCUGAAGGACAAACUGCAGUCCGCCGUGCAGUACAUCCUGCAGACGCUCCGGGCCGUCUCCACCCACCAUCACUACUACGACAAGGCCAACCAGUGGUACAGCUCGGUCCUCCACCAGGACUUCCUGCAGGAGCUGCUGUCGGGGGUCCGUGGAGACGACGGCUCGGCUCAGAGGCAGAGGAGGAGCUGGGGCACCAUCCCGGCGUGGAGACGGAAGCUCUCUGCGUUCCUCAAGAAGAACCCUUCUCCGGACAUGGAGGAGCUGCUCCACCUGGCUCACCUGUCCAACGCCAUCCCGGACGAGGAGAUCCAGCAGGCGGGGCGGGAGAUGGCUCACAGAUGCCUGACCCUGAGGAAGCUCCUCAUCUCCUCUGGGCCGGUGUGUGUCGGCAGCCUGCAGAAGGCGCUGCAGUGGCAGUACCACCUGCUGUGCAGUGAGCAUCACCAGCCUCCAGCCGGCGGCGCCGUGCACAGAGCCAGCUCCCCGGAGUCCGGCCCGCCGGCCGCCCAGAGCAGACAGGAAGUGGCUCUUCCUCCCGGAGCUUCUCUGGCUGUUCCCGAGGGAAAACCCGCCUCCCCCAGCUCCUUGGACUCGGGGUUUGACGGAGCUGCCAGCGGCCGGGUGGAGGCGGGGGGAGGGAGACGGGGAGCGGCGGACUCCACAGACUGGGUCCAGCCCGCCUCCGUCCAGGAGAAGCCGUCCGGCGCUCCGGACGGCGAGGGUCCCGGGGCGGAGGUGGACCUGGGGUCUGUGGGGAGCUCCUCCAGGGCCAGCCUCCAGGUCAUCCCCCAGAGCUCGGCCGACUCGCUCAGCUUCGAGAUCAAAGUCAAGCGCGCCGCCGCCCUGCCCAGCAAUCCCUGGCUCAGCCUGCCGGUCGACGACCUGGAGAACUCCUACACCGUCACCAUCACGCCCAGAGCCACGCCGCAGAAGGCCGAGCGCGGCUUCAGCGGGGGGUCCUGCAGCUCCCAGGGUCUGCCCACCCGCAUGGAGAAAGGCUUGCAGACCAGGGACUGGAUCCUGCAGUCCCACGGCGACCUGGACGACCCGGAGCUGGGCUCCAUGGACGACGUUCUCUCCAGCACUGUCGCCGAAGGACCGGAGGCCACCGUCUGCACCACGGAGGGACUGCCGACUCUGCUCUGGGACUCCUACGAUCUGCACGACCAGAACCUCGACGCUGCCGACGGCGUGGCGGAUCUGCCCCUGAGCGACUGGGAGCUGACGGAGCAGGAGGGUCUGCGGCGGGUGGAGCAGAUGCUGGGCCGGGCCGACCGGAUUCUGGAGGAGGAGGAGAGCGUGGCGGCUCAGGAGGCCGUGCUGGACGCUCUGGUCCGGUCGGAGAGCAGGAGCGACGCGGGGUCCGAGUGGAGCGGGGACGAGGCCGGCGCUCCGAUGUCCUCCUGGGAUCUGGCUGAAGCCGGAGUGGUCGGACUGGAGGACUCCUUCGACCCCGCAGGGUCCGAUGGUCUCGGUGGAGUUCCGGGUUUGUCCGAUCCUCAGCCAGACCUGCUGAGGGAGCUGCAGGAGGUCCAUCUGCUGGACCGGCUGAUCCAGGAGGAGAACCUGAAGAUCCAGCAGCUGCGCUGCAGCGACCUGGCCCUGGGCGAUGAACUCCCAGAAGGCAGCGGCCGCAGCGUGGGCGCAGACAGGGAGGCUCUCCGCGAGCGGCUGGAGGAGGAGAAGAGGGAGGUGGAGAGGCUGGACAAAGAGCUGGGGGACAGAGUCCCAGAGGAGGUUAGGUGUCUGGAAACAGACAAACGAGGAGGAGGACAUUACCCUGGCGCUGAGAGCUGCAGCAGGUCAGAGGACAGACGUUCCACUCUGGUUCUUCAGGAUGGUCAGAAACCUGAAGAACCAGAGCCUCCAGUAGUAGAUCAGAUGAGCGAGUCUGACGUGGACUCGCCUGUCGGCACCAGAAUGUCCUCGUUCAUGGAGGGACACUCUGAAGACCGCGUCCUGGACGGGUCUCAGACCUCAGGUGAGACUGAACCUCUGGGAUCGGGAUCGGCGUCGGCGUUGGAUCAACCCUCCUCUGCUCAGGAUCCUCGUGGCUCUAAAGCACGUGGACUGGAAUCCGUCCCUCCUCAGCUGUGUUGUGUCUCUGGAGACGAGCUGGAUCCAGAACCUCCUUUAACCCCUGAAGUUGAACCAGAUGAAGCGACCUCUGACCCAGGUGUCCAAGCACUCCUUCCUCCGCUGCCAAAGCCCAGAACGGUUCUGCUUCCUGGAAAUGAGCAGCUGGAGUCCACAGAGGGUCCGGAUCUGGGUGGAGGUCUCGGUUUCUCCAAACCCGACCCACAAGCUGAAGAGAUGGAUGAACCACCGGAGACCGUGGCUGCAGGAGACGGUCCCGGCUCGGUUCUUCACCCAACCCUGAAUGAACAAAGCAACAACAACAACAACCGGCAGGCGUCUGGACUCGUCGCUGCAGACGGAGGAGCUGCGUCCACAGAACCCUCCGGUCUGCAGGACAUCCAGACCCCUGUGAGGGACAGUCCAGAACAACCGUCCGCCCCCAGGCUGCCUCCUGACGGACGGCCCGAGCCGGUCCAGGACUGGCUCCAUGGGAUCCACAGCUCGGAGUCUGCGAGGAUCUCAGGAUCUGCAGGAGUUCUGAACCAACCCGGCAGCUCUGGGAGAGAGAUGACGGAUUACCAGACCCCCAUAGUGCUGGACACCGGGUCCGGCCUGAUGAAGGCCGGGUUCGCAAACCAGGACCUCCCACACGUCGUCUUCCCAACAAUAAUCGGAACGCCAAAGUACGAGGAAAUCAUGAGCGGCCGCCUGGAAAGAGAGACCUACAUCGGCCACGAGGCUCAGCACAUGAGAGGCGUCCUGGCUCUGAGACACCCCAUCCAGAACGGGAUCGUCCGCAGCUGGGACGACAUGGAGAAGAUCUGGCACCACACCUUCCAGCAGCUGAGCGUGGACCCGGAGGACCACCCGGUGCUGCUGACCGAGGCCGCCAUGAACCCGCGGGAGAACCGGCAGCGCAUGGUGGAGCUGAUGUUCGAGCGCUUCUGCGUGCCCUUCAGCUACGUGGCCAUGCAGGCGGUGCUGGCUCUGUACGCCGACGGCAGGACCACCGGCGUGGUGCUGGACUCCGGAGACGGCGUGAGCCACAGCGUGCCGGUGUUCGACGGCUACGGUCUGCCUCACGCCGUGCAGCGCUUCCCCCUGGCCGGCGCCGACGUCACCGCCCACCUCAGAAAGCUCCUGCAGGAGCAGGGCGUGUCCAUGCGCACCACGGCGGAGGAGGAGAUCGUCCGGGAGAUGAAGGAGAAGUGCUGCUACGUGGCCGCCGACUACGAGGCGGAGCUGCGGCGGGGGGUGGCGCCCGGCGGCAAGGCCUGCUACACCAUGCCGGACGGCCAGGUGGUCACGCUCGGCACGGAGAGGUUCAGAGCGCCGGAGAUCCUGUUCAAGCCCGAGCUGAUUGGACGGGAUCUUUACGGGAUUCACGAGAGCGUCCUCAAGUCCAUCCUGUCCUCCGACAUCGACCUGCGGCGCAGCUUCCUGGGAAACAUCGUGCUGUCAGGAGGGAACACUCUGCUGCCGGGCCUGCCGGGCCGGCUGCGGGCCGAGGUGGCGGCCCUGGUCCCGGCAGACCUGAGGGAGGCGGUCCGGGUCAGCAGCCCCUCGGACAGGGACUUCUCGGUGUGGAGCGGCGGCGCCGUGCUGGCCGGCCUGCCCAGCUUCAGCUCCGCCUGGAUCAGCCAGCAGGAGUACGAGGAGUGCGGCCCCCAGGUGGUCUUCAGGAAGUGCCUCUAGGUCCGGGGACCCCCUGCCGGUCCUCCGGCCUCGGGCCUGGAGCUGCCGCUUUUCAGGGACGUGAAGAAGACGGCGGCCGUCCCUGGACUGACUGGAGUUGGAGCUGGGCUUUAAUUCCACGUCUGUUUUUGAAAUGUAAAUAAUCGUAAUAUGGAGUUCUGCUCUGCUCAUGAAUUUUUCUAAUCCAGAUUAUUUUCUAUGUUGUUCGUACGGCGACUCUAAAUGAAUUUAUUAUGACGAUGAAGGAAAAAAGAGAAUUCUCUUUUCUAUGAACUCCUGCAACCUUUUCCCCAGUCGGUCGGACCACGGCUGCUGGGAAGUGGUGAACGUGAGAGGAUGUGUGUGUGAGCCAGAGUGAACCAGAGCAGUGUGUGUGUGUGAGCCAGAGUGAACCAGAGCAGCGUGUGUGUGUGUGUGUGUGGGCUUGGUGCUGCAGCAGUGCAGUGAUGGUGAGUUGGUGUUUGAGGCUCCUGCUUCAGGUACUGUGUUAUCCCCUCUAUAGUUUGAAGUGUUUUUCUAAUUUUUUUGUGUUCGGUGUGUUUUGUGUGUGUGUUUGUGGAUUCAACACGCUGACCUGGACGGUGGAGUCCAUCCCGGCUCAUCAGCGUCUUGGUUCCUGUCUGCAGACUCUGCUGAUUUAAAUGCUGUUUUUGCACGUUUCUGGUCCUCUUCCUGUCUGGAUUCUCUGGUUAUCAUGAGUUCACUCUGAAGUGGAAAUCAAAGUGGAAAGUGUGUGUGUAUGCGUGUGUGUCGCUCUCUGGAUGCUCCUCCUCAGUGUCCCACUGAUCUCACUGUAUUCAUGUCGUCCUUUCUUUUUUUUUUAAAUA